CUUUCACCCUCCUCCUCGAGGCGAGUACGCGCAGGGCGGGGGAGUGCGGCUCGCGCGGUCCUUGUGGUGUCGCAGCCGGUAACGGGAGAAGAGAUCACCGAGAGCCUCACACAGCCGCCAUGGCGGAGAGCGCCGGCCUAGAGAACCACCGGAUCAAGAGCUUCAAGAACAAGGGGCGAGAUGUGGAGACUAUGCGAAGACACAGAAAUGAAGUGACCGUCGAGCUGCGAAAGAACAAAAGAGAUGAACACCUUUUGAAAAAGAGAAAUGUUCCACAAGAAGAAAGUUUAGAGGACUCUGAUGUUGACGGAGACUUCAAAUCUCAAAACGUAACACUAGAAGCAAUACUACAGAAUGCAACCAGUGAUAAUCCAACAACCCAACUCAGCGCUGUACAGGCGGCAAGAAAGCUGUUAUCCAGUGACAGAAAUCCACCCAUUGAUGACCUCAUAAAAUCCGGAAUUCUGCCCAUAUUGGUGAAAUGUUUAGAGGCAGAUGAUAAUCCUUCUUUACAGUUCGAAGCUGCCUGGGCAUUAACUAAUAUAGCAUCAGGGACGUCGGCACAAACUCAAGCGGUGGUCCAGUCCACAGAUGCUGUUCCGCUGUUUUUGAGGCUCCUUCAUUCCGUGCAUCAAAAUGUCUGUGAACAAGCAGUGUGGGCACUUGGAAAUAUUAUCGGUGAUGGUCCACAGUGUAGAGAUUAUGUCAUCUCACUUGGAGUUGUUAAACCGCUCUUGUCCUUCAUCAACCCUUCCAUCCCCAUCACUUUCCUUCGGAACGUCACAUGGGUCAUUGUCAAUCUGUGCAGGAAUAAGGACCCCCCGCCACCCAUGGAGACUGUACAGGAGAUUUUGCCUGCUUUGUGUGUCCUAAUCUACCAUACAGAUAUUAAUAUUCUAGUGGAUACAGUAUGGGCGUUGUCUUAUUUAACCGAUGGUGGUAAUGAACAAAUACAGAUGGUGAUAGAUUCUGGAGUUGUGCCAUUUCUAGUACCGCUUCUGAGCCACCAGGAAGUAAAAGUUCAGACAGCAGCUCUAAGAGCCGUGGGUAAUAUAGUGACGGGCACCGAUGAACAGACUCAGGUGGUGUUGAACUGCGAUGUCCUUGCACAUUUUCAAAAUCUACUGACGCAUCCUAAAGAAAAAAUCAACAAGGAAGCAGUUUGGUUCCUGUCCAAUAUCACAGCGGGCAAUCAGCAACAGGUUCAAGCGGUUAUUGAUGCUGGACUAAUCCCAAUGAUCAUACAUCAACUGGCUAAGGGUGAUUUUGGAACUCAAAAAGAAGCUGCUUGGGCAAUCAGCAACUUGACAAUAAGCGGACGAAAAGACCAGGUGGAGUACCUUGUACAACAGAAUGUCAUCCCACCAUUUUGCAAUUUAUUAUCCGUGAAAGACUCCCAAGUUGUACAGGUGGUUUUGGAUGGCUUGAAAAACAUUUUGAUUAUGGCCGGGGAAGAAGCAAGCACAAUUGCUGAGAUCAUAGAGGAGUGCGGAGGUUUGGAAAAGAUAGAAGCACUGCAGCAGCAUGAGAAUGAAGAAAUUUACAAACUAGCGUUUGAAAUCAUAGAUCAGUAUUUUUCUGGCGAUGAUAUUGAUGAAGAUCAAAGCCUCAUUCCUGAAGCCACCCAGGGAGGUACCUACAACUUUGAGCCGUCGGCCAACCUUCAGACUAAAGACUUUAACUUCUAAGUGUGUUGCAGUGCAGCUUUUCUCUAUCCCACGACAAGUAGUACCACCAGAUGUCCACCAAUUGAAGAAACCUUAAAAGCUUCAAGAUACACACGCCUCUUCAUUUUGAUGCUUCUAAAGCAAAACCAUGUAUCUGUCACUUGCAGUUGCCAAACGUCACACUCACAAGGACUGUAAUUGCAUAUGCAUGAGCUCGGUUUUCUUUGAAACCCUAACAGUCCCAGCUGUGUUUUUUCUUUUUUUUUCUUUUUUUUACCUUUUCCAUUUGGCACUGUGUGCUGACUGCCACAACAUCCAACGUUUCUUUUUCUGUUGUUAAGAUGAUUUCAUAGUGAUGGCAUAUCCGCUUCCUGUGGAAAAGUAGCUUUUCUUGAACCUGGUGCACUGUAUAUCAAGACUUUGCUAUAAUGCAUACAUUGUGGAAGACUCUGCAAAGGGUACAGUCUCCUCUGAGCCUCCAUCUUCUCCAUAGACAUUUUCAUAUUUUGAGGAACUAUAAAUUUAUUGGAAAAAAAAAAAUCAUGCAAGCCAAAAGAUUUUGUUUGAAACUGAAUAAAAAAAGAUUAUCUUGGGUGAAUUAUUGAAGAAAAAAAAAAAAAAAA